ACCUCGUCUACUUAGUUAACUUAGGUCACUUAUUAUCUAAUCUAGUACUUGUGACUUAGUCGACUUAAGUCAGAGUUGUUAGACUAGAGUCACUAGUAGUCUAGAGUGAGUCUAAGUUAGACAAAUUUAGAAUAUUUAGAUUGCAGUGAAAAUGCACAGCUUUAUUACAACCAGAUCAGGCAUUUUUGCUAAGCUACCCACUGGCAUUAUAAGGAUAUUAAAUGAGAAAAUAGUUGAAACACAAUCAAGUAGUUUCUGCAAAAGCAGGUCACUAAGUAGAGACUCUUCAGAUGGAAACAAUGAUGACAAAGAAGUGUCCAAUGAUGAGAAAAGAAUUCCUAGAGCUGGCGAAUACAGAUCUCCCUGGAAGAUUUUUAAAGAGGAGUUUGAAGGGGUGUCCACACUGAAACCUCUAGGCACGGAGGUACCAAGAGAAACAGAUGUUUUAAUAAUUGGAGGAGGUGUUGUGGGAUCUGCUGUAGCCUACUGGUUGAAGCAGCGCAGUGCUAAGGGUCACACUGUUACGGUUGUGGAACGAGAUCCAGUGUACACAAGGGCAUCCUCAAUGUUGUCAUGUGGUGGAAUACGUCACCAGUUUUCUGUGCCAGAGAAUGUUCAGCUGUCUAUGUUCACCUCUGAAUUUCUCAGAAACAUUAAAGAGAAUCUAAGCGUCAUUCAUGAAAGUCUUCCAGAUGUGCAAUUCAAUCAUCAGGGCUAUCUUUUCCUUGCCCCACCCAGAGAUGCAGAACAAUUGGCCAAUAAUGUCAAGAUGCAGCAAGAGCUCGGAGCCAAGGUUGUGCUUCUUUCAAAAAAACAACUAGCUGAGAAGUAUCCCUGGAUGAACCUCGAUGGUAUAGAGUGUGGCUCUUUUGGAGUUGAAGGUGAAGGUUGGUUUGACCCCUGGCUGUUGGUCCGAGCACUGAAACAAAAAAAUCUAAGUCUGGGCACUAAGUAUGUACAUGGAGAGCUCACUGGCUUUGAAUUUGCUCAGAAAGGUAAUACAAAUGAACCAGACAGUCUUGAGGCUGGCGUGGUCAGGAUUAAAAGUGGCAUAGAGUAUGAAAUCAAGUUUGCUGUUGUUGUAAAUUGUGCUGGCCCAUGGGCCGCAGAUGUGGCGGAAAUGGCCAGAAUAGGAAUAGGGGAGAAUGACUUACAAGUUCCCCUUCCAGUGGAACCAAGGAAACGAUUUGUUUAUGUAACACACUGUCCUGAAGGACCCAUGCUUGACUGUCCAUUUGUCAUAGAUCCAUCAGGAGUGUAUCUACGUAGGGAAGGCUUUGGUGGCCAUUAUCUUUGUGGUAGCUCUCCAACUAAUGAGUCAGAAGAACCUGAUAUAUCCAACUUUGAAGUGGAUUAUGAUUUCUAUGAGAAAAUUGUCUGGCCAGGUGUAGCCAAUCGAGUUCCUGCUUUUAAUGACUCAAAGUUGAAGUCAGCUUGGGCAGGUUUUUAUGAUUACAACUUCUUUGAUCAAAACCUUGUCAUUGGUCCACAUCCUUAUCUAAGAAAUAUGUACUUUGCCAAUGGCCUCAGUGGCCAUGGCCUUCAGCAUUCCAUUGGCGUGGGUCGGGCCAUAAUGGAACAUAUAUUGGAUGGUGAUUACAAAACAAUAAACCUGGAAAAAUUUCACUUUGACAGGUUCAUUAGUAAAGUGCCCAUUGAAGAGCAGGGAAUAGUUUAGCUGACAGGGAACAUAGUUUUGUGAUUGUUGAACAUCAUGUCAUUGCACAAAUGUUGCUUCAUGUCAUUCUGUGAGAUCAAAGAGAACUUUUUGCAUUUAUGGUUGGUCCUGAACGGAAUCAUUAUGUUAUGGUUGUUCCUGAACAGAAUCAUUAUGUUAUGGUUGUUCCUGAACAGAAUCAUUAUGUUAUGGUUGGUCCUGAACAGAAUCAUUAUGUUAUGGUUGUUCCUGAACAGAAUCAUUAUGUUAUGGUUGGUCCUGAACAGAAUCAUUAUGUUAUGGUUGUUCCUGAACAGAAUCAUUAUGUUAUGGAUCUGAAUCUUUGUGUGCUGUGCUUUUUUUUUUUAUGUCUCAUGCCAUACUGCCUUAGAAUUUGUUUAAAUUGUAUGCAAGUUUAAAUUCAGUUGAACAUGCAAGGAAGACAUAAAUGUUUUGAGAGACAGAGUGACUUAUAAAGACUUCCUAAUGCUACUCUAGAUCUUUGGUUAAGUCUCUCUUAUCUAUUUAACAAUGUUUUGUGUACAGUAUUGAACAGAGAUUGAUACAACUUCUUGUUAAAUAGUCAUGUUACUUCUAGAUAUAAUUUGAAAUUUAUUGUACAAAGUAAUGUGUUACAAUGUAUUCAACUGUGCACUCGAAUGUGUACAACUUGUAUUUAAAGAUUUAUCUUGUUAAAACUUUGUUCAUUAGUGAUAUUACUUUAUAGGAUCCACCUUACUUCGGGGAAAAAAAUCUAGGAUUUUCUGUAACUGUUGGUCUUAUGUGCUGCCUGCAUGCACAUUGUGAUUGAAUUUUUCUUUUCAAUGUAUAUUUCAGAUGAUUUAGAAUAUGAAAAGUUUGGACUGUUUUCUGUCAAUAGUCAACAUUGAAAGGUCUUUUUAAAAUUCCUAACAUUUUUUGGUUCAAAUUAUAUUUAUAUUGUUGUAACCCUGCCUUGCACCAGUGCUUGAGGUGCGCACUAGCGCACGUAAACAGGAAGACACUAGAAUAGAGAGAAGAACAGUGCAUCAGGGAUUGUGAAGAGUCUGAAUGUUUGUGAAACUAAGAAGAAGCCAGCUUUUGUGCUGCCUGAAGGUUGUAGUAGGGACCUGGAGCGAAGUAACAAAGGACUGGUAUACUUAGUAGUAAGACUCUGAGGAAGCUGAAGGAUGAAUCAUCAUGUUAUGUGUUUACCCUAGUGAAUAAACACAACUAUUAUUUCCUGUUAAA